AUGUUAAUUAUUAAUUACAUUGAAGGAAAAUCACCUCCUUACUGUACACAUGUAUCCAAAGGUACCGACCAUGUAGCCCGAUUUAAAUAUGAAUAUCCACCGACCUACAUUCCACCUGGAAAACAUGAAACAUAUCAAAAAAUGUUUUGCCUGAAUCCGGCAGCGGUUAACAAAGCAGUAACUGUGGUAUGCGACUUGGUAGCGCCUCCUCAGGUACAAUUCACACUUGGGGACGACUACAUGCAUGUGGUGCGACAAGACCCUAGCGGCCGUUUUCUCAGCAGAGCUACUAUCACCACUUACCAGCUAUGCAGCCAUAAUAUGACAAAUGAAAUCGAUUUAUUCUAUGGACCUGAUCUAAUAAUUACGGAAUUUGAUUUUGAUUACCUG